AUGACGCGUGCGUCAGAAGUCUGUUGUCAUGGAGUCGAGAUCGUAAUGGCUGCCUGACUUACAUCAAUGUCAUUACUCGUGAGACUUGCAUCUUCAUCUUUUCUCGUCCUUUGUUUGGGAUUGCUUUUGAAAACAGCAGACAGAGUGACUGGACAGGGAUGUAACUGCCUUCGGGUCGAGGACUGUGACCCCGAGCAAAAGCUGUGUCACGGCAAGUGUGCAUAUGGCUACCUCAACCCUCCACUGUGCCUAGAUGUGUGCCCUCCUAAUAUGUACGGGCUGGACUGCAUGAUGACGUGUCACUGUCCGGAUGACGACACGUGUGAAAAGGUGCAGGGUGUGUGCAGUAGUCUGCGCUGCCACCCGGACUGGGCAGGUGCAGGAUGCAGUAAACGCCUCCCCAAGCUACACAGCCACCCCGGGUGGUCAGUUCCUCCUGCACGGCGGUCCGGGUGCAGUGGCACCAGUGGAGCCGACGUUGGACUACGGCGACUACCCGGUGCUGGAGUACCGCCUGUACAAGAUGACCAGUGGCCGCGAAGGUCAGGGCUCGUGGGAAGAGGUCACCCGUCGUCAGCAGCGGGAGGGCGUGACCGAGUACACUGCCGACGUGCCUUUGCCCUCCUUGUCCCACCCACGCGCCUACAAGUUCCGGGUGGACGCCUUCUACGACGACUACGGGAAACUGUCUGCCCUCGCCAGCCCGGGGAUUGAGACCGACUUUAUCGUCCCCUGCACAGGCACUGAUCAAUUUUCAGCAAACAUAUCGACUGUUCCAUCACAGAAGGUUUUCCAGAGCAAGGUAUUCAGAACGUGCAUCACAACGUGCGGAGCGCUCGCGAGUGGAGGUCACCUGGUCUGUCAGUGACCCCAGCCUGCUGGACAGCCUGUACGUGACCUACUCCUACCAGGUGAUUCAAGUGGCGACUGCCUUGCCGUGCAGCAGGACAAGGGCAAAGUUACGUCGUGAGCUGAAGGGCAGCAGGAGCAGACUGAUGCUGCACAACCUGGAGCCGUGCACACCUAUCACUUCAACCUGCGGGCCGCCUCCCCAUCCCUACCGGAAGAGGAGGAGGUCACGGAGGGCACUUUCGCCACCUCAUCAGCGCCGCCAACAGGUCCUGUCCAGACGCUGACCAUCUUCAACAUCUCCUCCACCUCGGCGUCCGCCAGCUGGCUCAAGCCGUCCUGCCCCACGCGAGGCGGGGUCCUGGUCUACUUCGAGCUGGAACUGAGGGAGGUGGACAACAGCUUAUCUCUACCCCUCGCCUUCUACUCCAGCAGCCAGGAGGUGACCUUUUACAACCUCCAGCCCGCUACCCGUUACUGCCUGCGAGUCCGCUACGUCAACCCCGCAGGACAGGGACCCUUCAGCGAGUGCGCCAACCUCACCACCACUGCAACAUCUCAAAUGCGAGCUUUUGUCGUCGACGGUAGAGGGCGCUUUCCUCGCUCUCUUCCUCCUCGUCCGUCCAACCUGCGGCAGACGAGCUCAAGCGUUGACUGUGUGGGCAUGGCAUGGGACUCUCCGGUAGGCGGACUCAGCUCCGCGCCCAUCCAGGGAUUUCGGAUCUUUGACCUGACGGGCCAGACUUACUCCCAGGGUAUGGAACCUCUUCCUUUGGCCCCAGGCCCCACUGCGCGCUCUGCGAUGGUGUGCGGUCUACAGGCAGGCCGGAGCUACGUCCUGGGACUGUCAAGCCGCAGCUUGACAGGUGACGACAGUGUGCCCAUCACUGCCGUCUUCACCACCGACCAUGACAAACCAGAGAAACCCGCGACCCCCAAGGUGGUAUCGCGUAGCUUGACCACGGUAGUGAUCAGCAUUAGACCAGUGACCAGCUCUCGCGGCCCUGUCACGGCAUACGACAUUUACGUGGAAGUGGCCGAGCUGUCUGAGAAGGAGAAGGUCGAUGCCGGUUUCCCACGAAGUCCCAGAGGAAUUGUGGAUGGUGACGAAGAUGGCAUGUAUUAUGUACGGAAAGGGAAACCCGGCACCGAGCGGACGGCCAUUGUUCCGGACAGCCAGUCAAGCACCUUUCCAAGACAAGGUGAACUGAUAGAAGUGGUCAGGUCUCGUGGGAACACCUCGUCUCUCACCAGCCUGAUGAACAGAAACGGCACUUACCUUCCUACAGCAGCAAAAUUCUUCCCGGUCGGAAACGCGACAGAGAGUGAACAGAGCGGGGUGGCAGACCAGCAAAACGGUACAACAAACGUGCAGAAUGGGACGGAGCAUAUGCCGAUUGAGACGAAAAAUCUGCGGAGUGGAAUGGAAAAUCUGCUGAACGGUUCAUCAAACAGAGAGCAAAGUAUCCUUGGAAAGAAUGCCACAGACACCUUGGACGAGGUUGGCAAGGAGGGACUUUCAACUCUGCCUUUCCUGAUCGAGAAGGGACGGCCGGAUGUGCAAAAGUGGGGAGUGCGCAUAAAACCUGAGGAGUUCGCGACCAAGGCAGGUUUGCCGUCCACAACUCUAGCGGGAUUUAAACCUCCCGCCAACAACUCCGCGACCGUAGGUUCUCCUAAUGCCACGACUCUUGUAUCAGGCUUAGCUAAAAUGUUGCUCCCAGGUAUCUCCGACUCUGAAAUGGCAGGCAACGUGACGACUCAGGAUGAGCACAGCUCAUCGUCAGGGAAGUCGAAUAUCUUGGAGAAGGAAACAUCUCCAGCAAAAACAAGAUCAGGUAGAACCACUGUGAUGCAGAGCCCCUCGAAUUCCCCUGUGUCACCUGUCCAGGUGAGGUCGAUUUCCUUCUCACUCCGCGGAGAACAACAGCAGGUGUCUUCACCAUCCAGUAUACCAUCGCUUUUGCCUCCGUUAAAUCCGGCUGUCACAGAAAUCACCGAGAGAGGCGCUGCGCUAUCUUCAGGUGAUCAGGGAGCAGGAGCAGCCGCAACAGAAGAAAACGGAGGUUUAAAACUUGAAGAACUCACCAAAGGUGUUACCUCUCCCCAACUCAACGAUUCCACAACAACACAGCCAUCGCUGCUGAGUGCAACUCGCAGAACCAACGACACCGACACCGAAGCCGAAGCCGACAACGACGUUGUUAUGAACAGAAACGUCACCAGACUCUGGAGUCGCGAUCCUCUCAGAAACAGAAGGGGUGUUGAUCAGAACCCUCCACCCGGUCGGAUCCAGGCACGCCUGGGGCCGGAACGAAUAAAGGGGGAGGCUGUCUUCGUCAUUGGCGACGACGCCAUGUACGGCGGUUACAAAAACAGCGCCCUCAGGCCUGACGGCCGCUACAACGUGUACCUGGUGGCCAACAGCUUCUGGAACGGCGCCAACAAGUUCGCUGCCAGCGACCCCGUGACCGUCCUGAUGCCGCGGGAGAUCACCGUGUACCACGCCUAUGCCCGCAACGCCCGCUUUGUCAACGCCGUCGUCAUCAUCUUCUUCGUGGUUGCCGCCCUUUUCCUCGCACUGACCGUGUCCCUGUGGGACGGCUGCAUGCGCUGGCAACACCGGAGGCGGCAACUGACUGAGUUACAUGAGCCUGAGUUCAAGUAUGCCUACAACAUGCCCCCCUCCGGAGCCUCGGCCGACGUCUCCCCAGCCUCGUUCCGCUCUCACCUGUCUGGGAUAGAGUUGCAGCCUGCGGUGGACGAGCGGAAAUGGAGCGAAACAUACAAUCUGUCACAGCGGCGCCACAUCGUGAUGGGAAGAAACCUCCUGCCACCUGAGCAGUUCAUAGAGCUGCCGGCACAAGAAAUUUCGGGCAAGGGGGAGAGAAAUUACUUUCCGUACGGAGUUCCAGUCCCUACCACGAUCACACCCUUCCAUGACCGCAGGUGAGACAUUAUGAUCGCAACUUAGCUCUAGCUUCUGCCCUUCGAUGCUACACGGUGUGUGCUGGAACGUGAGUGUACGGGACAGAGGAACUACAUGAACAACAACUUCCGGAGGAGCAUAUCCGAAGACUCUACUUGGGGCAACUACAUUGUGGCUCAGAGCCCCUUUGACGAAGGAUCGUCAGUGAACUUGUGGCGGCUCAUCUACCACCAGAACGUCUCCACCGUCGUCGUUUU